AACUUGUUGAUUCUGCUGAAAAACAAUUUAUAAAAAUUAACAAAACUGAUUAUAAUAUUAAUUAUCAAACCUAUUACUUCUAUAAAUACUUUAAAGCUUUUCUUCAAGCAUUAACUCAAAAUAAUAAAAUCUUCAGCUUAAGCUAUGACCAAGCUAUUAAAAAAGCUACAAACCAAAUUACAGAUAUUUAUUUUCUAGACAAAAUUAUUAUCUACUUUGAAAUACUUAAACAAAGUGAUACAAAUCUUUUUAUCUUUUUUAUCCAGAAAAAAUACAAUAAAGACUAUUACCCUCUAGCUAAAUCUCUUAUUAUUAAGAAAUUUAAAUAUAUUACUCCAAAAAAAAUCAAUGAUUUUGACCUUUUUAAACCUACUAUAUCUUAA